AUGACCGCCGACCGCGUUGACGAAGACUUGCCGGCCAGCGGGGGACAUGACCGCCUUCCAGCCCACAAGAUACUUAUCCGCCUUGGCGAUGAGUGGUUUGAAUUUAACUUCUCGAGUUUCUUGGUGGACAGGGGAUGGGUUGUGAUUCUGGUCAUGCUGCUUGUUAUGAAUGCAGUGUUAGUUGGUAGGAGGUUCAGCAUGGAGUUCCGGCUUGUCUUCUGGCUGAUCAAUGGGCUGAUAUUCGUAACGUUCAUCUCCAUCCUCGUAACCUUAAGAGCAAUCACCCACACGACAGCUCUCGACAUCUUCGUCUGCAUCCUUGCUUUCAUGCCGAUUGGAUGGGCCCUGCUUCUGAUUGCCCAAGCAAUCAAGCAUGUCAUCGAGAUAGUUCGGCUAUGGGGAUCGGUAAAGGCCCGGGACUACGAGAUCCUCAUGGGGGUCCUCCAGUUCACGCCCAUCACGUUCCUCGCAAGGUUCCCAUUCGUGUUCGAGUGCACCCGGAACAAGGAGUAG